AAGGGAUGGCGGGGCUGGAGCGGGACACUGACCUCCGGGGCGGGGGCCCAGCUGGUGACCGCGGUCUGGGCGGGGCCCACCGUUUUUAACCUGGAACUUACGCCGCUCGUCACUUUAUUUAAAUCUUCCGGAGGGACGUAGACCAUCCCGCGCUCAACCGCUUGCCGCUUGGUCCGCGAUUCUUCCCAGAGCUGCCGUUUCCUCGGCCCCUGGGUCUUUGUCGCUGGCGUCGGUGUGAGAAGAUGGCGAAGCGGGUCUAAGAGGUCCCCGCGCUCGGUGCUGCAGAUCGGGACUGACUGAUCCUCUGAGCCACUCCCUGGGGCUGGUUCCUUUGCCUGCCUUUGCCUGACUGUGCCCUCUACCCUGAGCUGCCCUUGAAAGCUGAAAAGGACAGUUAAGAAGACUGAGUCCUGUGCAGUGAAGAGCAUGGCUGCUAUGGGAACUGAAACAAAGGAAGCUGAAAAUCACCACGAUGACUGCUCCAUUCGGCUUUUAAAUCCAAACAUAGCAACAAUGAAAGAAGAUGUUUUAUACCAUUUCAGUCUCAGCACCGGUACCCAUGAUUUCCCAGCUAUGUUUGGAGAAGUGAAGUUUGUGUGUGUUGGUGGAAGCCCCAGACGCAUGAAAGCCUUCUCCAGCUAUGUGGCUCAGGAGCUUGGCCUUGAACGACCAGGUGUGGAUCACCCCAACAUCUGUGCUGGAACUGACCGCUACGCCAUGUAUAAAGUAGGACCAGUGCUGUGUGUCAGUCAUGGCAUGGGCAUCCCUUCCAUUGCGAUCAUGCUACAUGAGCUCAUCAAGCUGCUGUACCACGCCGGGUGCUGCAACGUCACCAUCAUCCGUAUCGGCACUUCUGGCGGCAUAGGUCUGGAGCCCGGCUCUGUGGUCAUCACCCAACAAGCAGUGGAUGCCUGCUUCAAGCCCGAGUUUGAGCAGAUUGUCCUGGGGAAGCGGGUUGUUCGGAGCACACAGCUCGAUGACCAGCUAGCACAGGAGUUGAUGCGGUGUUCCAAAGAGCUGGACGAGUUCCCUACAGUUGUGGGGAACACCAUGUGCACCUUGGAUUUCUAUGAAGGGCAAGGCCGCCUGGACGGUGCUGUCUGCACCUACACAGAAAAGGACAAGCAGGAGUACUUGAGGGCAGCCUAUGCUGCUGGAAUCCGGAACAUUGAGAUGGAAUCCUCAGUCUUUGCAGCCAUGUGUGGUGCUUGUGGCCUCCAAGCGGCCGUGGUGUGUGUCACCCUCCUCAACCGACUGGAUGGAGACCAGAUCAACAGCCCACAUGAGGUGCUCAUGGAGUACCAGCAGCGGCCACAGAGGCUAGUGGGCUAUUUCAUAAAGAAAUGCCUCACGAAAGCCUGAUGUCCUCGCCUACCUGAUUCUCUGAAGACCAACUGCUGUGCUAAUAAAAUAAGUGUCCAGAAUUUCCUUUUGUAUGACUUUGAGCACAUUUUAUGUAUAAGAAUUUGAUUGCAUUUCGGAGGCAAGGAAUCGUGGUUUGACUACAGUUAAGCUUCAUUAGAGUAUUUUCAACUGCGUUAGCAUGAUCUAAGUUUUCUUCAAGAACAUCCCUCUGAAUAGUUGAAAUAGUCCUAGGGAAACUUUUUAGACCUUAAAUUCUUGUCAGAUUUAAUGUCAGAAAAUAAGAAAUCUACUAAUAUUGUCAGAAAAUGUAUUUCCUGACAAUAUAUACAUUUUUAAGAAUCUCUAUACCACUUAUAAUGAGACACUAUGGAAAACCAAAGGAGCAGAUAUCAGGAGUUUAAAAAAUAAAUGCAUACAUAACUAUGUAUAUAUAGUUUCCAAAUUACAGUCAGCUAAAUUUGUGGAAACUUCUGCAUCACUGUUACACUAUGGUAGUUAUCCCAUCCAUUCUCCAUACUGCUAGUACUGGACUGGGCUUGAUCGAAAUCGCUGUGGGUUAGAUAAUACAAUUCUGGGUCCAGUAUAGACCCCCGCCUCGCUGGUCUCUGAUCCACCCCUGGCCUCCACAGACAAUGCAGGCUGCACUCCAGUUUCCAUAUUCUUUUGCUUCCAUUUGGGUUUAGCCAUUGGGAGGUCCUGCCCAGGAAAUGAGAGUGGGAUGCAGGGGGAAUCCAGGUGGUCCACUCUUGGUCUUGGUGAUGUCUCUGGUACAGCUCCCUCUUUGUGGGGAGACCUAGGGGACUCUAGCCCUAGCUGCCUCUCUUUGUCCCUCCAGCCUAGGGUGGUUGGUUCCCGGUGAGCCUCUGGCUCCCGGGUUGCCCCACACCCCACUUCUCAACUCUUUACCUCAUGGGACCAACGUCUGGUAUGUUUGAAACGCUCCAGAUGGGGUUUGUUUCCUGAUUGCACAGCUACGCUUGCACCCACACUGCUCAGAUACCCUGGCAGUGUGAGACAUGAUGUUGAUGGUGCGGAAGUAGACAAGCAGCAACCAAAUAUGAAUGGACAGGCUGUGUAUUCAGAACUUGGAGUAGCAAAGGAGUUAGCUACCUUCACUUGUGUUUGGCAGAUUCAGACAGGCAGAUGAGUGGAAAAGAUUUGUGGUAGAAAAAAAAAGGUAUGCCUGGAUUAGGCUCUGUUUGCAUGGGGAAGAUGGAGGUGGGCUAACUAGAGGUAGGACUUUAUCUGUGAUUGGUUGUUGGUCCCAAGUUAGAAACAGGUGAAAAUUAAGGAGCUGUUGGUCCUGGCCAUUUUGGGCCCAUUGUCAAAUGGCUGUCAUCUGGCUUCCUAGACUGGCAGCUGCAGAUGAUGGUUUAACUUCCUGGACUGGUUGCUGCAGGUUGUGGGUCAGAUUCUGUUUUUCAAAAGUAGUCUAGCCUUGGCCCGUUUGUAUAUUUAGCCUCUCCAGGGGUGCAGGGAGGGGUACCAGAACCUUUGUAUUGACGUAAAUGUGUGGUCCGUGCACUUUUCAGAAAGCUCCUUCCCUAUAAUUCUGAGUUUUGUCCCAAGCUGAGGGGCCCUGGUGGCACAGUGGUUAAGAGCCAGGGCUGCUAACCAAAAGGUGAGUAGCUUGAAUCUACCAGCCGCUCCUUGGGAAACCUUAUGGGGCAGUUCUACUCUGUCUUAUAGGGUCGCUAUGAGUCGGAAUUGACUUGACGGCAAUGGGUUUUUGAAGUUAGGUGAUUCACCAUGUGUGAGCACCAGGUGCCCUCCUAGGUGUUAAGCAUAUAAGGAACAAAACAGACCCCCACCCCUGUGCUCCCCAAAGCAUCUUUCUGAGUUCAUUUUUAUGCUGUGGAGGCUAGUGUAGGCUUGUUCAAGGUGGAAAAUGAGUCUCAAAUGUCUCUCUUGGUCCCCUCGAAUGGUUAUUUGAGUCUGCCCGGGGGUAAAGAUGAGUCAUGGGUGGCGGUCCAGCCGGCACCCCUGGGAGAUGAGCAGAGACACAGACUUCUGUACUCUGAGGUGCCUUAGGCAGUGCUCCCAGACCUGGGUGCACAUGGGCCGUGACCCAGCCAAGCUGCAGGAGCAGGACUGUGUCUGUCCUCAGACCACUGUCACUGCUCCCUUCUGUCCCCACAUUCCUGACAGUUGUUUGACCUCAACUAGGUGGUGUCAUGCCCCUUAGAACACAUGUCUGCUGUUCACACAAACCUUGCCAAGACCUAGAAGGGAUCCGUUUCCCACCACCUCAGAUUACACUGAGCGGGCCCAGACCAGGCCAUUGGAGUAUUUGUGAGACCCAAAAGUCCUGGGCUGGGAUGCUGGUGUGCCAUGGAGAUGCAGCCGGUUCCUUUGUGUGUUUGAUCAGCCCUGGGCUGGACUGAAGAUACAGAGAAAGGCAAUCACCCCACCCUAUGCAAGUGUAGUGAGAUGGGGUCCACUGACAUCCUGGAGGACAUUUUUGGUAACCCAGAACCCGUGCCGUUGAGUCGAUUCCGACUCAGCAACUCUAUAGACAGAGUAGAGCUGCCCCAUAGAGUUUCCAAGGAGCGCCUGGUGGGUUCGAACUGCUGACCCUUUGGUUAUCAGCCGUAGCACUUAACCACUAUGCCACCAGGGUUUCCAUUUUUUUUUUUGGUAAGGCAGAGAACUGCCGGCAUGUUACUAGACAGGAUUUAAGUUUAACAAGCUUCAUUAGCAAGAGAAGGGUUUCUUCCUCCUGUGGGUGUUUCACUCUGCAGUGUCGGAAAGUCUACUGCUGGAGAGCAGCCUGGUGACCAACACCCAGAGUGAGGGCCGAGGCAGAAGGUAAAAUACUUUCUGACAGGACUGCCUAGCACUAACGGAUUGUACAGGUUUGGGAGGUAACUUCCUCAGGCAUUUCCUUCGGGCCACCAGGCAAUGGAAACUGCACUGCCCUCUAUUGGCAAAGUGUGGUAAGGCAAGUCACUUAACCCAUCUGAACCAGGGCUUGUGGAUUCACUGAGGGUAAUAAUACCUACCUCCCAGGGUUGUGUGGCCAAGCACUGAGAGAGGGCUGGUCAGAGCACAGUGCACAGCAAAUACCGGCUGAAACAAGUCUCUCGUUUUGAUUUGAUCAUAGUAAUGACUUGUAAGUAUGACAGCUGAGGAGUCCCUGGGUGAUGCAAACUCAUACUUGGCCACUAACUGAAAGGUUGGCAGUUAGAGUCCAUCUACAUGUGCCUCGGAAGAAAGGUUUGAUGAUCUAUUUCUGAAAAAUUAGCCAUUCAGAACCCUGUGGAGCGCAGUUCUACUCUGGCGUGCCUGGGGUGGCUGGGAGUUGAAGUCAACGGCAACUUUUUUCAAUGACAGCCGAACUUGUAGUUUUAGUUUGAUUACCAUGACCUCUUUGGAGCUUGAAAGUACACACAUCCUCAAACAUAUGUUACUUGAAUUCCUCAAGAUAUCACCAAAGACCUGGUCCCCAACCCUCGUCCACGCUGGCCUCCAUAGCUUUCUGGCCCGUCACUCAUACCACGUGCCCUUGGCCUCGUUUCCUUUGCCCUCUUUCUGCUAUCCGGUGCUCCUGCCUCUACCUUUGCCCCCUCCUCCCGUCUCAGCACUGAGACCCAUGAUUCCUCCGAGCAGGAAUAAUGACGCCAGCAUGCUUCACUUGUAGUACUUUCAGCAAGUCAGAAAGAAUUAGAAACAUAAUUAGGUUUGUUCUGAUGGAACUAAUUACUCUGAAUUUCAGAAAGUGUUGUCAGCUACUUCCCUAAAUUUCUUCUAGUGUAAUUUUAAAUCAUGUCCUCAGAAUGGCUUCCACUGGUGUUAAAAUUAAACAUUACUCUGAUCAUUGUUGAGUAUUU